GCCUCGGCCUGGCUUUCUGCACCGCCGCAGUUGUUGCUCGGGCCUCAUCCUAUUAUCGCGCAGGAACGGCGGCCGCCGCCCCCUCCGCGUUCCGUUCCCCCCUCCCCUCGUGCGCCGCGCCGCCUCUGUGCAGCCGCCCCCGGAGCGUGUUGCCGGCCCGGGCCCCUGCCCGCCUCCUUCCUCUCCGUCUGUGUGUCCGCGGCCGGCCGGCGCGAUGCGGCUGAGCCCGAGGCCCGCCACGCUGGGGCUGCUGCUGCUGUGCGCCGCGGUAGCCGGCGCCGGGGAGGCCGAGGAGCUGCACUAUCCGCCGGGCGAGCACCGCGCUGACUUCGACCGGGAGGCGCUGCUGGGCGGCCAGGAAGAAGUCGAUGAAUAUGUUAAACUCACCCCCGAAGAGCAACACAAAAGACUGAAGUCAAUCAUAAAGAAAAUUGACUUGGACUCAGAUGGCUUUCUCACCGAAAGUGAACUCAGUUCAUGGAUUCAAAUGUCUUUUAAACAUUAUGCUAUGCAAGAAGCGAAACAGCAAUUUGUCGAAUAUGAUAAAAACAGUGAUGGUAGUGUGUCAUGGGAUGAAUACAACAUUCAGAUGUACGACCGUGUGAUCGACUUUGAUGAGAACACUGCCCUGGAUGAUGCAGAGGAGGAGUCUUUUAGGCAGCUUCAUUUAAAGGACAAGAAGCGAUUUGAAAAAGCUAACCAGGAUUCAGAUCCUGGUUUGAAUCUCGAAGAGUUCAUUGCUUUUGAGCACCCUGAAGAAGUCGAUUAUAUGACGGAGUUUGUCAUUCAAGAGGCUUUAGAAGAACACGACAAAAAUGGUGAUGGAUUUGUGAGUUUGGAAGAAUUUCUUGGUGACUACAGACGGGAUCCGACAGCAAAUGAAGAUCCAGAGUGGAUACUUGUUGAGAAAGAUAGAUUCCUGAAUGAUUAUGACAAAGAUGCCGAUGGCAGGCUUGAUCCCCAAGAGCUGUUGUCUUGGGUGGUACCCAAUAAUCAGGGCAUUGCACAAGAAGAGGCUCUUCAUCUAAUUGAUGAAAUGGAUUUGAAUAGUGACAGAAAGCUCUCUGAAGCAGAGAUUCUGGAGAACCAGGACUUGUUUCUUACCAGUGAAGCCACGGAUUAUGGCAGACAGCUUCAUGAUGAAUAUUUCUAUCACGAUGAGCUUUAAUCCCUGGGUAUAUCUGAGUAGAGUAUUAGCUCCUUUUAUAGUUUGUUACCAGCUUUACUUUUGUGAUAAAGUAUUGAUGUUAUAUUUUACACUCUUAAGUCUUACCACAGUCAGAAUUAUCUUAAUGUACAUUAUGGUUUUGGCCUUCUAAAGAAAAAUAAAACAAAAACCUGAUAUUUAUUUCAAAAUAUAUUGAAGAAAUGAAACAAUAUUGUGCCGUAUGACAAAGUAUUCAAUCUGUUUAGUCCUGUAUUGUGGAAUAUUUGCGUUCUGUUUCCAUACUUGAAAAAAUGGAGGAUUUUAGAGAUGCCUGAACAAUAUUAUUUAAGUAGUAUGUGACUGAGCUAUCAAUUUUUGUUUUGUUUUAAGUAGAUUUAAUUUGGGAACUGACAGAAGGACAUUGUUCUUAGAUUUAGUAUUUUGUUUUAAAACCUUUAAAGGAACCUUAGAAGGACUUAUACCUCACAUGUUAAUGUUGAGAAGUUCUGCUUAAUUUUAAAAUGGUUUCUAUAAAGGGUUUUAUUGUAUGAAAUAGAACUUUAUAUUUUUGCAUAUGUAUAGAUAGUAAUUAUAUUUAAUGUGUAACUAUAGCAUUAUGGUGUGUGGAAUUUGACAUUGUCCAGAAUUCUUUUCUUUUUUGACUGAUUAAAAACAAAAUGUCCUAUCUUUCUA